CCAAAACACAAGCGAAGAAGAAAGAGCUCGGCACAAACAACAGCGAGACUCUUGCCGGCUCGCUUCAGGCGCAGUGUAACACCCGUAUCACCCAUCUAACUUACCAUCGCUUCACACUUAUCAGUCUCUGCGAGUUUAUUGUUGGAGGGAUGGGAGUGUGUUGAGGUUACGCUGUGACGAAUGCUUCAGUCACUUCCAGUCACGGAUCUCAGUCUGCGCUGACACAGCGAGCAUGAGAUGAUUUGAAGACGCCAGGAAAGAUACUGCGUGAUCGUCAGGUGAUGAGAGUUGAUAAGGUUUAGCCAAAUUUCAUUCGACACCAUGGAGGAAGAGGCCCGACCUCUUUUGGCCUCCCAGCAGAAUGCUGGAAGCUAUUCACACCGAGGAUCCACAGACUCCCUGGACUUCAGGGGAAAAAGACCGUUCUACGUGGACCCGAUGCUCCUCAUAGGCGAUCCGCAGGAGAGAGUUUCUGCUGAGGCGGCCAUCCUUAACAGCAGAGUCCAUUAUUACAGUAAACUGACCGGCUCCUCUGACAGACUGCUGAGUCCACCAAACCACGUGAUCCCCCUUGCAGAAGACAUCUAUAUCUACAGUCCGCUUGGCACGGCUUUUAAAGUGGCCAGCUCGGACAAUGUUGGGAAAAACCCCAGUAUCAUCACCAUAUUUGCUAUCUGGAACACUAUGAUGGGGACGUCCAUACUCAGUAUUCCCUGGGGAAUAAAGCAGUCUGGCUUCACAUUUGGGAUCAUCAUCCUCAUCCUCACUGGUCUGCUGAUGCUUUACUGUUGCUACAUCGCGCUUAAAUCACCAAAAUCAAUACCAUACGUGGACACGUCCGAGUGGGAGUUUCCGGAUGUUUGCCGCCACUACUUUGGCAGCUUUGGUCUGUGGUCGAGCUUGAUUUUCUCCAUGGUGUCACUUGUUGGAGCCAUGGUGGUCUACUGGGUGCUGAUGUCCAACUUCCUCUACAACACUGGCCAGUUCAUUUACAACUACGCACACAACGUGAGCAUGACCGAUUCUGUCUUAGGAACCAACGGCACAGACAGAGUGAUCUGUCCAUUUCCAAACAUCGGCCCUGAAGCCAACGUCACCAGGGAUGUGAUUGUGCCAUUUGUGUCUGCAAAUGAUGGGAAUGGCACCAGCGUCAGCAGCCCCUUUGAGCACUGGUGGAGCAAAACCAACACUAUCCCACUCUACCUCAUCGUCCUCCUGCUGCCGCUGCUCAGCUUACGCUCUGCUUCGUUCUUUGCCAGAUUCACCUUUCUGGGAACCAUCUCUGUGGUUUACUUGAUUGUGUUGGUCACCACGAAAGCAGUUCGUCUAGGCAUCAACCUGGAGUUUCACUGGUUCGACUCGACAGACUUCUAUGUUCCUGAGUUCCGGCUGAUGUUCCCUCAGCUGACGGGGAUCCUCACUCUGGCCUUCUUCAUCCACAACUGCAUCAUCACCUUAAUGAAGAGCAACAGACACCAGGAGAACAAUGUGCGGGACCUGUCUAUAGCCUACGUUCUGGUGGGACUGACAUACCUGUACGUGGGGGUCUUGAUCUUCGCUGCCUUCCCUUCUCCUCCUCUUGGCAAAGAGUGUAUCGAACCAAACUUCCUGGAUAACUUUCCCAGCAGUGACGUCAUGGUGUUUGUAGCGAGGACCUGCCUGCUGUUCCAGAUGAUCACCGUCUAUCCUCUCCUGGGCUACCUGGUGCGGGUGCAGAUGUUGGGCCAGAUCUUUGGAAACCCUUAUCCUAGUUUCGUCCACGUUUUGGUGUUUAACGCCUUGAUCGUUGGAGCCGGUGUCCUGAUGGCAAAGUUUUAUCCCAAUAUUGGAUCAAUUAUUCGGUAUUCUGGAGCCAUCUGUGGCUUGGCCCUGGUCUUCAUCUUUCCCUCUUUGAUCCAUAUGAUCUCCCUGAAGCGGCAGGGGUCUCUCCGCUGGCCCUCCACCGUCUUCCACAGUUUCCUCAUGGUCUUGGGUCUGGCCAACCUCAUUGGUCAGUUCUUCAUGUAGACAGAGUGCAAUGCCAAGGACGUGUAGGAUGGAAAUGAUUGUUGAGAGCUUAUUUCUGGAUUCCAGCCACUCACACGUGUUGGUUCCCUUUCCUACUGCCAUCUGAGAGUAUAUUGCCUACAGUCUCUCUUGCUGCUCAGACUGACUCCACUGUGGAGUCAGGUCAAGUAGAGAAAGGACCAUGAUAACACAUUCACAAUGCCAACCAAGUGUCUUAAAUGUUGACCUUGAUUGUUUUAUGUCAUGUUUAGAAGGGAAUUGUUUUACUAACUUGACUUUGUAAUGUAUAUUUGUAAAUUUUAAAGAUAUCUUUUAUUUGGCCCUUAAUUUUUGUGCAUCUUCUUCUGCAUUGCUAAACACUUUUCUCGUUCUAAUUUUAUUUUUAAAACACCAAAAAAGGGACUUUAUUAGUCGAAGUGAGCUGUUAUGUCAGCUUUUUCGCUACCAACUACUGUGAUUUUAGCAUCGUGUUAUUAAAUUAAUGGGAGCUAUUUACCUCAAGAAGGCAAUGUGUAUCGAAACCAGGGUCUAAAAAGACUAUUCAGAUAUCUAUCACAGGCACAUGCUCAUAACAUGAAGGCAUAUUUUUACCACAGAUUUCAUACUUGAAUAGGUUUACAAUCCGUUCAUACAAGCAGUAACACAGAUAUCAUUGAGCCUUUUGACUUUGUUAUAUAUUUAUAUUGGUAACAAAUCUUGUACAUUUUUAGGCAUGACCUUGAAAAGGUAAUUAAAGUUUAUUCGGAAUUUAUUUGUCAUUACUAUUGUUAACAUGAGCAUUACUGGGGUAAUGUUGCAUUUUCUAUGAAAUGUGUGCAUAAAUUACAAUAAACAUAUUGUAAACGGUUCUCUGAAACUUGUCUU